CACCUGCAGCAGACAAAGGUCCACGACGACGGGCAUCCCCCCUCUCACAACGCCCUUCUACUAGACAGCAGCCGCGACUCUCUUCUUCUCUUCGAGUCAAGCGAGUGCUGAGUCUAGCCCGCCCGACGCUAGCAACACCUCCGGUCAAAGGCCCUUGGCACAGCUCACUCACAGACAUCCACGCCUCGAUCGGCUGCAGCAUUGCUCCUUCUGUUCACUUCGCGACACGCAGAGAACCUGCAUCGCGCAAAGGAGCGACACGGAGCGACACACAAAGACGACGGGUAGCUACAAAGAGCGGGGAGCUACUGAAAGGCAACGACUGAGCUGGUCUGAGCUGAGAGAUGCCACCGAAGAGUGGGUCUGCAUCCACUUCGACCUCUACCUCCAAGUCAACAAUAGCAACAGCAGCAGCAGCAGCAGCAGCAUCGACGGCGGCACCGCAGCAAGCAGACUCUCUUCUGGCAAAAGAGGAGGGAGGAGAUCGAGACGACGAAGCCGGGUCAGCUGCUGAUACGGAACCGCUUUCGUUUGAGGAAGACGAAGGCAUGGCCGACAUAGACUCGGUUGAGGCCGGGGCCGAAGCUCUCCAGGACGGGCUUGAGCAGGAGCAAGCAGGGGCUCAGAGAGAGGGCGUUGAGCAAGAACAGGCCGAUGAGAACGAGGAUGCAAGGAUGGAUGAGGGCGAAGAUGACGACGAGGAUGCGGACGGCGAGGCAGACGCGGACGAGGGCGAGGACGGGCAGGAACGAAAGCAGCAGGUCAAAGGCCAGGCUGGUGGAAGCGGAUUCAGUGAUGACAGCGAUCUGUCUGAUGAGCCAUUCGAAGUACAGCAGCAGGUCUCAAAUGCAGAUCCUGUCAGCAACCCCAACGGGGCAGAUGCUGAUGAAGACGAAGAAGAUGAGGACGAGGAUGAGGAUGAGGAAGAGGACGAAGAGGAGAACGACGACGAGUACCAAGAGGGUCGCGCCACGAGGCCCAAUCGCAAAGUAUCGGCGACCGCUUCCAACAGCAGGACAAGCGCGAGGCUGAGCGCAUCCCCCAGCAAGCGCAAUACCAAAGGUGGAGCAAGGCGAGGUGGCGCUGGCGAGGUCGAGGAAGAAGAGGAAGAUGAUGAGGAAGACGAGGAUGACGAGGAUGGAGAAGGCGAUCUCGCUGAUGAAGACGAGGCUGCCAAAGGUCUGGCAGCGCUCACAGGAGGCGUAGCGACACAGGAGCAAGAGGAACAAGACGCUCAGAGUGGACUCGAUGGUCUGGUCGCCCUGGCUGCUGUUGGUGCAGGACAGGCUGUGGAGCAGGCCCUAGCAGACGAAGACACAGACACGGACAGCAUCGCCGGCUCUGUGAGGCGUGUCAAGGGCAAGAAAGGUGGAAAGCGUUCCAAGGGGUCAUCUCGCUUGCAGCAAGUCGUCGCAGCUUCGCCCCUGCAGCCAAGCUCGGAACAGGGGGAGGACGAGGAAGAGGACGAGGACGAGGAUGGGGACGGGGAUGACGAGGGCGAUGCAGCUGAGAGCGAAGACGAGGAGGAAGACGAGGAAGAGGAUGAGGACGAGGAGGACGACGAAGACGAAGAUGCAACAGAAGCGAGUCCCACCAAAGGCACCGAGAUGUCUGCCUUGGCUCAGCUCUCGAGUGCUGCCAAGCGGAAAGCGGCCAAGAGGGGAGGCUUGGGAGGCGGUAUGCUGGCAGGCGCCCCAGCCAUCACUAUCGAGGGCGUCGAUGGGAGCGCAGCGCCCAGCGCCGCUACCUCGCGCGAGCCCUCGCCUAAAGAGGAGGAGGAACGCCGCGACGAAGAGGUCAAGGUGGAUGAAGAUGAGGACGCCGGCACAAAGGAGCCCGGCACGCCAGCUCAAGAUGUAGAAGACGUUGGUCAUGACGAAGAGCCAGCAACGGAUGAAGCGGCAUUGAAGAGGCAGGAAGCCAUGGAAGCUCUGACAAAGAUCGAGAUCGGCUUUGCCGUCCUGCGAGACAAGCUCUACGUUGAGAGAAUGGAGGAAGUGUCAAAGGAGAGCGAGAUGAUCUACAAGGGCACACAUCCCGAUCUUAUCCACCUGACCAAUCUCAUCGAGCUCCGGCGAGAAAGGCGACUCAAGCUUGUCGAGCUCUGGUUCGAAGAGCAGCAAAAGCAGUAUGCAAGAGUUGCAAGCUCAGAGGAGGCCGCUGCCUGGAGCCACUGGAGACACGAUGCAGCGGAGCUGAGAAGGCAACAAAUGAACGACUUUUCGAGGAAGCGGCGAAAACUGGACCGAGAAAAGAGAUCGUUGGAUGCGCCCCGCCCCGCUCGACAGCACCAGAUGUUUGAAACAGAGCUCGUUCCGCUCCCCGACCUUGCGCUCCGACAGGCGCAGGCAAAAUCGCGCGGCAAGCGAAGGGUCCAAGGCCCAGAUGCAACAGACGAUAUGGAUAAUUAUGUCGCCUUUCCUGAUUUGCGUGGUCUCGACGAUCAUGAGGCAUGGACCGACAUGGAGCGGAUGGGGAUCGCGCUUCAAGGCGACGCACGAAUGUCUGGUCUGCCGCCAGGCUAUUAUCGACCUGAAGAGCUCGCAGAUCCCUAUGCGGUCUAUGGGCAUGAGGUAGGGCCCGGCGCUGGUCCGAGCGGGUAUAUUAGCGCCUAUGGUGGUGGAGGUGGUGUCGGACCGUACACCAGUGGAGCAGUGCCCAGGGACGCGCGCUACAACGACGGGUACAAUGCCGAUCCCUACGAUCGUGCCUACGAUGCUCAUCGGCCUCCAGCUCCACAGCCUCCUCCGCUCCCUCCGCCUCAACAAGGAAUUUACGCUGUGGAUCAAUAUGGAAGGCCCAUAUCUCCUGGCCCAAGCUACGAGGCUCAUCAUCCUGCGCCAUUGGCAGCUCCCCAGCAUCCUUCGCGGUCGGCGAGGAGCCAUGCGUACCCAUCGGCAGACCACCAGCCGCGGUCGCAGCAGCAACCGCACCACUAUGACAAGCAACCCUACGGAGCCACCUUCAUCACCAUCUGCGACAGUGUCACAGGCAGCAAUGAUCCAUCCUCAAGAGGAUCGCGAAAUGAAAGCAUACGCGAAUGGCUCAUCUUCGGCCUCUGCAAGCCAAAGUUAUAA